AUGGAGGAAGACGCUCUCCCUGAACAGCAGCCAGGUGCUGGCAGCAGCAGGUACUGCAGCAACGACGUGAGCGGCAGCAGUCAAAGCAACUGCCGCUCUGCUGCUCUACCUUCUGAAUCCUCUGUUCGUCUACCCAGCAGUAGCAGCAGCAAGACGGCCAACAGCAGGGAAGCAAUCAGCAGCGGCGAUGGCAGCAGCAGCAACAGCAGCAGCAGCGGCAACGUGGAGACGACCAACUGCAGCAAAUCUGCGGGGAGCAGCAGUACCAAAUCCUCUGUUUGUGCAGCGGCGUCAACCGACGCAGACGCAUCUUCGCUAGAAGCAGCAGGAGCACACAGCUGCAGCAGGAGCAGCAGCAGCGUGCCGCCUCUGAGUACAUAUAUUUGUAGCCCUUUCACCUCUCUUUAUCGUUGGUUUUUAAGGAUCAGUAUUGUCUAUAAGUUUCUCAUUGGAGGCAUAUGGGGGUUCCCAGGCACAGCAAAUGUGUUUCUGCUGCCGCAGCAGCUGCUGCGGCUAUUCACUUUGGGCGGUUGUGGUUUGCUGCUGCUGCAAGACGUCGUCUCUGGCUUGAGGCAGACAUACACCCAACUGCUGCGGCAGAAGCAGCAGGACUGGGUGCAGCGGAUGCUGCUGCUGCUGCAGCAUACGGAGCAGCACAACACAAACGAGGUAUUAUGCAGCGAACGGCAGCGCCUACUGCAACUCGUUUCUGCUAUGAGGCGAUGCCUUGCUGCUACAGCUUCUUGUGAUGUUCCUGGGCAGGCGCGACCAGCAGCAGCAGAUGCAGGUACAGCAGCAGCAGAAGCUAAAGCAGAAGCAGCAGCAACAGAGGCUUCUAUCCCCCACGAAACGGAUGCUGCGGCCCAGUUGGCUGUGGCUGGAGACGUACAGCUUGCUGCGGUUGUCUUUGGGGCUCCGCGAGAAGUCGUUGCUGCUGCAUGCGAUGCAGCACACUUGCUGCAUGCUGAAGCGACACAGCAGCACACACUGCAGCAGAAGCGACGGGGAAGGACAACCGCAGGAGCAGUUGCUGCCGUUUUUGUUGCUGCUGCUGCCUUUAUUUGGGGGGCAGUUAAACGCCUCGUCGUCUUCGUUUGCUGUGUGCUGCUCUUGCAUCUGUGCAUAGACAUCCCUGCUGCUGCUUCUGCUGCAGCAGCUGCAACAGCAAAUACUCAACUCUCUCCGUGGUGGCUGCUGCUGUUGCAUGCAGUGGCAAGAGGCUGUUUUGCUGCUUCCCUGAUGAAUCAACACGCCAGCAGCUACCUGGGAUUAACUCAUUGCCGCUCUCUUGCCCGCAGCAGCACGCGCAGCAGCAGCAAAAACAGCAGCAGCGAUAGUAGCAAGAGCUCCAGAGGGAUUGGCUUUGUGCCGAAGCCUUUGAAUAUUCAUUUGCGUCUCUUUUUCGCAUUCUGCGUCCCCGUCCUCUGUUCGCUUGCUGCCAACGCCGUUGCUGCUGUUGCUGCGGGCUCAGCAGCAGAAACUGCAGAGCUGCAGUGGAGUUGGAGAGGUCUGCUGCUGCUGCCCCUCGCGUUGCUGCAGGCUGCACUGCAGCUGGUGCUUCCUUUUGGUUAUUUUGCGGUGCUUCCACUGCAGCGGCAGCGAUCCGAAGCUGCAGAGCUGCUGCUGCUGCUGCAGCAGCAGCAGCAGCAGCUCAAUUGGUCCAUGCUGCCUGAGACGGAGGUGCUGCAGGAGUAUUUUGCUGCAGGCACCUUGUUGACAACAGCAGCAGCAGCUGCUGCAUGUUGCAGCAGUCCUCCAGCCCUGUGGGUUGCGCGCAUUCGUUUGGAAAGCGCAGCAGCAGCAGCAGCAGCAGCCCAGUUGCUAGGGCUCAGGACCGAGCGACUGCAGCAACAGCACUUCUGUGGACGGCUGCGCAGCAAAUGCCAAUGGGCAAAGGCAUCUGUGUUUCUGCUUUUUUCUCGCCUUCCCUGGGAGAUUGCUGGCUGUUUGCGUCGGUUGUUUGUGUUUGGUUUGGGGUUGUCGUGGCUGCUGCUACUGCUGCAUGCAUUCCUGAAUACGCCUCUGCUGCAGCAAAGCGGGGAGGCGGAGCUGCAGACUCCGUUGCAAUUGCUGCAGCAGCAGCUGCAGCAUCAGGAGGGUUGGGAAGGGCUGCAGCAGACGUGGCAGGAGAUACUGCAGUUGCAGCGCGACUUAGGUGCGCAGCUACAAGGCAAAAGCUAUGCAGAAAGCCUCGAGUGGGUGCUGCUGCAGCUGCAGCUAGGCUGGGAAGAGUACGUAAGAACCAGCAGCAAGCAAACAGAUGACUUGCUGCGCGCUCGUGAACUCUUCGGCCUCUCCGAGGACGCCUCAGCAGCAGCAAUAAAACAACGCUACAGGCAAUUAGCCAAACUGCACCACCCUGACCGUGCAACCUUCAAUUCCUGCAGCAGCAGCAACAACAACAGCAGCAGCAGUAGAGGCAGCGAGGCGGUAGGCUGUGUUUGCGUUGAGGGCGCUGCAAAAGGGGGGCAGCUACAGUGCACCUCUCGCCAAGAGGCGAUGCAGCAGAUUAACUUGGCGUACGAGUUGCUGCUGCAGCAGGCAGCAGAGCGGUGA